UCGAAUUUCUUAGAGAAGGAAGUGCAUUGCCAACUUGUUAGAGAUCUGCGUAUUCAUCUUUUGACUAGUUUUAAGCGUCCCAAAAGGAAGCUGAAACGAAGUUCUAACUGAAAAUGCAGGUUCCAUACCCACCUUCUUCUGUACCUCCAACUGCACCUUCAACUUCACAGUUUGUUACUCGUGUUCAGCUGAAUAUUUCUUGCAGAAAUCUUCGAGACAAAGAUGUCUUAUCCAAGUCUGACCCAAUGGCCGUGGUCAUGUCAUUUAAAGAUGGUGGCUGGUUUGAGGUUGGACGAACAGAAAGGUUGGAUAACACAUUGAAUCCUCAAUUUUCAACAGCCAUCAUCAUAGACUACUUUUUCGAGGAGCUGCAGAAGCUGAAGUUUUUCAUUUAUGACAUUGACAGUCCAUCAAUGAGUCUUAAGUCUGCUGAUUUCUUGGGGGAAAUGGAGUGCACUUUGGGUCAGCUUGUGUCAUCUGGAACCUAUACAAAACCUCUAGUUCUUAAAGGUACUACUCAGAAUCAAGCUGGCAUUAUAACGGUGGUAGCAGAAGAAGUUUCAGGUGGAAAUGAUGAAGUGCAUUUCCAGUUUAGAGCUGAAAAGUUGGACAAGAAGGAUUUCCUUGGAAAGAGUGACCCCUAUUUAGAAUUUGCAAGAUCGAAGGAGGAUGGGAGUUUUGUUGUUGUACAUAGGACAGAGGUUAUUCAGAACAACUUGAAUCCCAAAUGGAAACCAUUUCAGAUUCCAGUGCAACAGUUAUGCAAUGGAGAUUACGACAGAACCAUUCGAAUUUUGUGUUAUGAUUGGGAUUCUGAUGGAUCACAUGACUUUAUUGGUGCAUUUACAACAAAUCUUCGUGAGAUGUGCUCAGCUCAACCAUCAAGGGAGUGGCCAUGUAUUAAUGAAAAGAAGCAGAAGAAAAAGCGUGGUUACAAAAAUUCAGGAGUAAUUUUUCUUGCGAAAUGUGAGGUUGUGAAAGUAUCAUCAUUCCUAGACUUUAUUCAAGGUGGCUGCCAGCUAAACUUUACGGUUGGCAUCGAUUUUACAGCUUCCAAUGGUGAACCAACCCAGUCAACAUCUCUUCACUACAUCAACCCUUACGCACCAAAUGAGUACCAGCAGGCCCUGACAGCUGUAGGAGAAAUCAUUCAGGAUUAUGACAGUGAUAAACUCUUUCCAUCUUUUGGAUUUGGAGCAAAAAUUCCACCCACAUAUCAGGUUUCUCACCAGUUUCCACUGAAUUUUAAUCCCAGUAAUCCGUAUUGUGCAGGUCUAGCUGGUUUGGUACAAGCCUAUCAAACCUGUAUACAGAGUGUACAACUUUAUGGUCCAACCAACAUCUCACCUAUCAUCAACCAUGUGGCUCACUUUGCACAUCAAGCAGCCCAGACCCAAACUGCCACUAACUACUUCAUACUGCUCUUAUUGACUGAUGGUGUAAUCACAGAUAUGGAUCAGACCAAGGAGGCUGUAGUGGCAGCAUCAUCACUUCCCAUGUCAAUCAUUAUUGUGGGUGUUGGAAGUGCAGACUUUGCAAUGAUGGAGGAACUAGAUAGUGACGACCAAGUCAGGUUGAUGGCUCACGGAAAGGCAGCUCAAAGGGACAUUGUUCAAUUUGUACCCUAUAGGAAAUUUAAAAAUGUUUCUCCUGCUGCAUUAGCAAAAGAAGUCUUGGCUGAGGUGCCCAAGCAACUGACAGACUAUUUCAGGGCAAGGAACAUUCUACCACAACAGAGACCAAAUGUUAAUGUUCCAUAAAAAGAGGAUACACAAAGCAAGAUCAUUGUACAAAUUAUAGCUUGCAGUUGGCUUUUAAUUGUCAAAAAGUUGUCUAAUAUUGUCAUAAAUAGAAAUUCAGCAACAAGAGUGGCAAUGGGUUUGUCUGUGACAUGUGAUUGAGGCCAAAAUCAAUAUGUGAUGCAUAAAUUUUACAAGAAGGCAAGAAAUUAGUUUUUGGGAAUUCUUUGUUUUGUAAUUUUUUUCAAAAUUUGCCUAUUAUAUUCUAAAAGUAACUGGGAGGAUUUUGUUAGAAUUUCUGGUGUGUAUAAAAUAAUAUCUCCUUUCUAACUUUGUCAGUUGGGUGAGUAGAAGACAAUCAAGGAAAAAAUACAUCUUCGCACCCUUGACUAUGAGGAAGAGGCGCGUUUUAGCCCUAUGAACAACAAAGAAUCUUUCUCUCCCAACUUAUUCAUAAUCUGCGACCAGAUUGUAGCUACAUGAGAACCAUGUUCACAAGUGUUCAUGGGUGAUCUUGUCUGUAUUUUAUGUUAUUUAGACACUUUUGAAUAGAGAAAGACUUAGCUGAGUCAUGCAGAAGGCCGAUUAUAUAAUUAUACUUAAUCAACUGAAAAUAAUGUCAAACCAAUCCAAGCCUGUAUAGUGGAAAGAGGAAAUUCUAUACAAACAUAAAUGUGCAAUACAAAUUUUUAUUUUCAAGAAAUACAACAUCAGAAUUCUGCAUGUUUAUAACCAGAGUGACAAAUGAGUUAUCCACUUUCCGGUGUUAAGUUCCCAGCUAUGGGUCAAUUCAGUAUUACUCAGAAAUCUAGAUUGAUCCUAGCUAUAUGUAUUGUAGGCUACAUAAUAAUUAGAGUUAAAAACUAAAUGUACCAUUAAUUAUCUUCCCAUUAUAAUUCACAGUAUGCAAUGUACAUUAAGGAUAUAAAAAAUAUUGUUGUUCUGAGUACAUUUCCUUCAGUUUAUUGUAUUAAAAAAAAUAUCUGUCUAAUUCCCCCCUCAGCCAUAAUACUUCAUAGAACAAUAGAGAAGCUGGAGCUGUUUACAUUUAAUAUCAGGGAAAAUGUGCCUGUUUACUUAUUAAAUUGUGCCCAAAGCUCUUGCAGAAAUUAAAGUGUCUAGAAAAUU